AUGCUGUAUACGCACGCUACCAUCAUCACGGUGGAUGCCUCUCGUCGUAUCAUCGACGACGGAGCCAUUCGCGUUGAUGGAGAUAUUAUCGCUGAUAUUGGCAAGACUGCUGUGCUGAAGGAGCGAUAUCCGGACGAUGAGGUGUACGAUCUGUCCGGUCGCAUUAUCAUCCCCGGGUUGAUCUCCACCCAUAUGCAUACGGCACAGACCCUGCUGCGAGGAACCGCUGAUGACCUCGAGCUGGUGUCGUGGCUGUGCGAGCGUAUCUGGGUGCUGCAGGGUAACUUUACCGAGGCAGAUGGGUAUGCGGCGGCGCGGUUGAGUAUUGGCGAGAUGUUGAAGUCGGGUACGACUUGUUUCUUGGAGAGCAUGUUUGCCGAUCGAUAUGGCUUUGAUGGACUCGCUCGUGCUGUCGAAGAGUCUGGCAUUCGAGGCUGUCUGGGCAAGAUUGUCAUGGACAUCGCCAAGUAUGCCAAAGAUGAUGCUUGGGCCAUGCAUGCCGGCCUGGUUGAGAACCGCGAGACUUCUCUCUUGGGUACCUUGAAGAUGUGGGAGAAGUGGAACGGCGCUGCCAAUGAUCGUAUUCGCGUCUGGUUUGGUGCCAGAACGCCUGGCGGUGUCUCCGAUGCCCUUUACAAAGAAAUGACUGCGAUCUCCCGCGAAAAGGGCAUUCCCGUCACCAUGCACUGUGCCGAAGUCAAGGCCGACCGGGAGUUCUUCGCCUCCGUGUCGCACACCCCCAUGUCAUAUUGUGACUCGGUUGGCCUGUUGAGCCCAUCUACCGUCCUGGUGCACAUGGUCCAUCUGGACGACUCGGACAUCAAGACUCUGGCGGCUUCUGGAACUCACGUCGCUCACUGCCCUACCUCCAACGCCAAGCUGGCUUCCGGUAUUUGCCGAGUGCCUGAACUACAGAAGGCGGGCGUCAACAUCGGCCUGGGCACUGAUGGAGCUCCUUGCAACAACACCUGCGAUCUUCUGCAGGAGAUGAAACUGGCCGCGAUCAUUCACAAGAGUAUCUCGUAUGACCCGACCGCCGUCCCUGCCGAGUCCGUCCUCGAGAUGGCAACUAUCAACGGCGCCAAGGCUCUGGGCCUGGAUGACCGCAUCGGUAGCUUGGAAGUUGGCAAGAAGGCCGACUUUGUCGCUAUCGAUGUCCGUGGCAUCCAUAACCAGCCGUGGCACAACCCUGCCAGCGCGGUAGUGUAUACUGCCACCGGUCGCGACGUCGACGUCGUCGUUGUCGACGGCAAACUGCUCGUCCAGAAUGGCGAGCUCCUGACGAUGGAUGAGAAGGAGAUCAUCGAGGAGGCCAAGAAGCGCAGCCGUGAGGUUGUUGAGCGCGCCGGUCUUUCCAGCAAGAUGAAGGGUCGCUGGCCCAUCGAGUAG